GGGCAUUCAUUUAGUGUGGGCGGCCGCAGAACACUGUGAUUCAACUGUUUGUUCCUGCCACCCUCCUGGCCCGAUACCAUGGGAGUGACUUGUGUGUCCCAGAUGCCUGUGGCUGAGGGCAAGAGUGUCCAGCAGACGGUGGAGCUCCUCACCCGGAAGUUGGAGAUGCUUGGGGCAGAGAAGCAAGGAACAUUUUGCGUGGAUUGUGAGACCUACCACACAGCUGCCUCCACUCUUGGCAGCCAAGGUCAGGCUGGGAAGCUGAUGUAUGUGAUGCACAACUCAGAGUACCCUCUGAGCUGCUUCGCCCUCUUUGAGAAUGGCCCUUGGCUUAUUGCCGACACCAACUUCGAUGUGCUUAUGGUGAAGCUCAAGGGCUUUUUCCAGAGUGCCAAGGCCAGCAAGAUUGAGACCCGGGGUACCCGUUACCAGUACUGUGACUUCCUAGUGAAGGUGGGCACAGUCACCAUGGGGCCCAGUGCCCGAGGCAUCUCCGUAGAGGUGGAGUAUGGCCCCUGUGUGGUAGCUAGCGACUGCUGGAGCCUGCUGCUCGAGUUCCUACAGAGUUUUCUAGGCAGCCACACACCAGGGGCUCCCGCAGUGUUUGGGAACAGACACGAUGCCGUCUAUGGCCCAGCAGAUACCAUGAUCCAGUACAUGGAACUCUUCAAUAAGAUCCGCAAGCAGCAGCAGGUGCCGGUAGCUGGGAUUCGUUAGUGACUGGCAACUGCCUGGCUGAGCUCUGUCACCAGGGGGACUGCGCAGGAGGAGCAGGGGCUGCACCCUGAGGCCCCUGGACCCCAGAAACCCAGGGCAGACGUGGAGGCUUCUCUCCCUCUUCCCAGCUGUGACUUUUGUUCUGGGGAUCUGGACUCCCCUCCCCUGACCCUCACACACAGCCCCCCAGCAGCUGCUUCACCCUACGCCUUACUGGACUUGGCCUGUUCUCAAGAAUGGUA